AUGGCUCUGUACCUGGCCGGCGAGUCCGUCCCCGGAGACUGCAGAGACGCGCUCGGGACUGCCUACUACCCCUCUUUCCACCCUCCCGCCCAGUACUUCGAAGCGGCCCCCGGCUUCUUCCAGCCCCUAAAAUCCCUGGGCGAGAUGCUCCCCACCUCCCCGCCUCUGCCCCAGUACAGCUUCAGCACGGCCCCCACUUUCCUGAGCCAGCCGCCCCCCCUGCCCGCUGAGCCCUUUCCCGGCCUCCCUUUGCCCCACUACGCCAAGCCGGAGGACCCCAUCUCUCCCAGGGAAGACUCUCUCGCCGUGGCAUGGGCCCCUGGCUCGCCGCCACCUCUCUACUUGAACCCCCCGCACAUAGCUGCCCACAGCCCGGAGGCCGGAGCGCCGGAGGGAGAGAGCCACAGGUACCACUUCACCGAGGAGGAGCUCAACGCGGUGCUGUACGGGGUGUUCCGGAGCAAUCAGCUGGCCGGGAGCAUCCACGCCAUCUCGGGGCCCCGGCUGCCCUCCGUUAGCACGGGUGCUGCGCAGUCCUCCUAUGCCCCGCCGCUCUACAGGGACUCCCUGCAGCUGCCCGAAGGCCUCUCGGUGCUGCAGGUGGAAUACGGGGACUUGUCCCAGGUCGGAGUCUUCUGCACGGACCCUAUCCCCAAAGGAGUCCGCUUCGGCCCUUUCCAAGGCAAAGUGGUCAGCAUCAGCGAGAUCAAGAUUUACGACGACAACUCGCUGAUGUGGGAGAUCUUUGAAUGCGAUCGCCUGAGCCACUUCAUAGACGGAAAAGGCUCCUCUGGCAACUGGAUGUCUCUGGUGAACUGUGCCAGGUACCCCGAGGAGCAGAACUUGACAGCUAUCCAGUGCGAGGGGCAAAUAUUCUACGAGAGCUGCAAGGAAAUCUUGCCGCAGCAGGAGCUGCUGGUGUGGUACGGAGAUUGCUACGUGCAGUUCCUGGGCAUCCCGAUCAGCCUGAAAGACGGGGAGGAGGGGAAGAAGCACCCGGAGGACUCCGAAGAAGCCGGGGAAAGCUUUAAGUGCGACCGCUGUGGCAAGGUUUUUGCCUACAAGUACUACCGGGACAAGCACCUCAAGUACACCCGCUGUGUGGACAAGGGGGACCGCAAAUUUCCUUGUAACCUCUGCAACAGAUCCUUUGAAAAAAGAGACAGGCUGAGGAUCCAUGUUCUCCACGUUCAUGAAAAACACCGACCUCACAAGUGCUCAGAGUGUGGAAAGUGCUUUUCUCAGUCAUCCAGCCUGAGCAAACACAUGAGGGUUCACUCUGGGGAGCGCCCCUACAAAUGUGUGUACUGCAACAAGGCGUUCACGGCAUCCAGCAUCCUGCGCACUCACAUCCGCCAGCACUCAGGGGAGAAGCCCUUCAAGUGCAAGUACUGCGGCAAAGUCUUUGCCUCACAUGCAGCCCACGACAGCCAUGUGAGGCGCAUGCACAGCAAGGAGUGCACUUGUCCUGUGUGCGGUGAGCACUUCCUGGAGCAGGAUCAUUACCAAGUCCACCUGAAGAUGCAUGAUGCUUAUUAG